CACAGAAACUGCUAGUCAGUGCUACAUGUUAACACACUGUACACUGUAGGGGUAUUUAAAGCGCGAGCCAGUAACAUGCAUAACACACUGAACAUGAGCGACUACACUGCGUGUGUGUGUGUUAUACUGCAAGUACACUGAGUGUGUGUGUGUGUGUGUAUGUGCUUUACUGCAAGUACACUGUGUGUGUUAUACUGUGUGUGUUAUACCGUGUGUGUGUUUUACUGUAAGUACACUGAGUGUGUGUGUGUAUGUGCUUUACUGCAAUUACACUGUGUUAUACUGUGUGUGUUAUACCGUGUGUGUGUGUGUGUUUUACUGUAAGUACACUGAGUGUGUGUGUGUAUGUGCUUUACUGCAAUUACACUGUGUUAUACUGUGUGUGUUAUACCGUGUGUGUGUGUGUGUUUUACUGUAAGUACACUGAGUGUGUGUGUGUAUGUGCUUUACUGCAAUUACACUGUGUUAUACUGUGUGUGUUAUACCGUGUGUGUGUGUGUGUUUUACUGUAAGUACACUGUGUGUGUGUGUUGUUUUGCAGUACACUUGUACAGUAAAAGUAAAAGUAAAGUAAAGGGAUAUGAGGGAUGUGGCUCUGUGGCUCUGUGGCUCUGUCCGGACAGGGGAGGCUCGGCAGGGUGACAUGUCCGCUGGAGAAAGCACCUUGAGGCGGUUUGGAUUGAGCUGGAGUUUGAGGAAGGUGUGAGGCGUCACCCAGCCGUGAUGCGCAGUGAGAGCGGACUGUUUCCUGAUUGCAGUCCGCAGCAGGAGUGUCCGCGCGCCGCGUCUGAGGAGGAAACCCUGCGGUAAUCAGCAGCAUGCUGCAGCUCACUUCAGCCUUCGACAUUCACAGAGAUGUUGUUUCGAGGCUCUCGGCGAGAGAAGAGGCAGUACGAAGCCGCAGAGAGAAUGUGCUGGUUGCUGACACUCAAAUCCUUAACGUUGAGAGGGAUGAAGGUGUUGUGUAUUGCUGGAAAGGAGCCACAGGGAAUACCAGAAUCUGCAAGUACGACCCUCAUACCAAACAGAAUAAGCUACUGUACACUUUUGACAAGCAAGUGUGUAUUAGCAGCUGCUCUCUGAAUAGAGAAGAAACACUGCUGGCGGUCAGUCUGACACGGUCAAUGCAGGGAGGAGACGAUCAUUUUAAACCAGUUUCAAAAUACCUGACUCUUCUUAUAGAAAUAAAUCCAAUUAACAACACUAAGGUUAUAAAAGCUGUGGAUUGCAAGGUCAAAGUUCAGUUUCUGUAUCCUCACUUGUCACGGAGCACUGUGCUGGAAAGCCAUUUGUUGGUGGCAGCAGAAGAUGGCUAUAUUGACCAGUACCACAUACUGCUGGGGAGGCAGGAAGGCUGUAAAUUUGUGAUGCAGAACACAGAGCAUCUGGUGAAAGACAGAGUGACAGAUGAGUUCUGCUGGGUUCAGUGGGACUCGGACACUCAGAGACUCUUCUUCCUCACAAGCAGGGAGAAAUAUGUGCUCAAGUGUGUGCAGUUUUUCCCUGAUCACAAUUUUGAGACCCUGUUUGAACUUCCCUUGGAGUUACCCAGUAAUCCUUUCACCUCUGUGAGGUUUAUUAAUUUUGGACAUGAUCAGUACCAAGAGCGGGAACACGAGGGAAUGAAACUGAUGGUAUUUACAGACAAAACUGGGAUCAUGUGUGUGUGCUACAGCCAUCCUCAGCAUGGUGUUGAUGAUUACACAUACACCAUUGCAUUUGUGCACAGAGGCUUCAGUAAAACUUUCACUGUAGCACUUGAGCAACCCGUACUGCCAGGCAGCAUGUCAAACCUCCAGCCACUCUUCUUCUAUUUGGGUUAUUAUGUUGUAGUUUAUCUAGCUGGCCACUUCCUCCAUCUGAUCAACUGCAGGCAGCAGGACCUGCUCUGUCACAGUCUCUUUCUGUCAGGUGCUGAUGCCCAUGUGGAUGCAUUGGGAGUCAACAGUGUUUUAGUGAGCAUUCCCGGUCACAAGCUGCUGGAUGGGUGGAUGGGCAGGAUAUAUACCAUCAACCUCAGCCAUGAUUUCCUGCUUCAGCUGCUUAGCCCUAAUCGGCCCGAGGCACAGCGUCUUGCCGCGCUGCACUGUGUGCUGGGCCACCUGGGACCUGACCAGGACCUAGAAAAGAAGAUCAUCUACUGGAUUAGUGAGAACAUGAUGAGCUUUAAUGCUUUUGAUCUGAUCCAGGAGUUUAUUCUUGGUUCUUUAUACAGGAUGUGCUGUCAGCAGUCUCUCAGUCUGAAUAAAGUGCUUCCAUAUUCAUCUGUGUUUGAGAAGAAGGAACUUCCUGUAGCGCUGACUGCUAUCCCUGGUGUGAAGUGCACACCUGAGCUGCUCGCUCAGCCAAUAAUUAAAGGGAAGGCCAGGAGUCUGCAGGGCUACUGGAAUGAGCUACAGUGGAUUAUUGAAAGGGCAAAAUAUUUUGAGACCGUGCCAAACCCUCGAUACCGGUUCUCCCAGAUCAAGAGUGACUGGACCAAACUUCAAGCAGCACUGAAUUCAGAGAAAAAGAAAUCCUCUGCCUUCCUGCAACAACUUGAGGAAAACGCUAAAAAAGUUCUGUCUGUGGUAGAUACCUGGCAUUUGGAUAAGAGAGUGGUUCCUCUCUUUCAGGAGGUGGACCAGCCGCAGAGGGCGCUAGUAGGCGUGGUGGUGGAUAAGCUCCGGGAACACCUGAACAAACACCUGCCACAGAUGGGGAAGAAAAAGAUUGAAAUGCUGGUGGUGAACUACAUGGCCAAGCUGCUGGAGCUGCUCAGACACAUGCUGGAGACUCUGUGGCUGAAGCUGAACUUGGGACACACUGUGCUUUGCCUUAAACAGCAAGGCAACUCGGAGGAGUGGACAAUGUUUCAUACGAUGUGUCGGAUUGUGGAAGCAGCUGAAGGACUCUGUCUUCCCCUCCCACCCGGUUAUUCUACACUUCUGAGUGUGCUGGGUGUACGCUGUCUACCUCGCCACACUUUCUUGCUGUAUGUGGACCAUGGCUUUCUACACCUCACUGAACCUUUUGUGUCACGCCUUAUGACAGAUCUAGAUAACAGUAAUGGCAAUGAAGAACUGAAGUUCAGUGUCCUGAAAAGACUUCCUGAGUGCCUGGCCCAGAGAGUGUGUCAGCUUUGGGAUCAUCCAGUCAGCUCAGCCUGCAUCACCAGACAGUGUGUGAGAAGACUAUUGGAGAAAUACACCAAGACCAAGGCAUCAGUGCAGUUGGACAGAGACAAACUGUGCUCUCGACGUGAGCUUCUGCCUCUAACCUACCUUGUCACUAUUCUCUCAGACAUGGAAGAGCAAGCUACAAAUCCCUUUGAGGAACAGGAGAAUGUGGAUGCCAGGUUUGUGGAGGAAAUUGCACUAAAGCAAACUCUGAUCAAACUGGGUUUUGAGGGCAAGUGAACACAAGGGGAAGAAUGUAUGGCUGCACCUGAAGUGCUGCGGAGAGAAACUGACUGAGAUAUGUCACACUGAAACCCGAUGCCUGAUAUUUUGCUGUGUUUAGCACACAUGCUGCACAGUGAAAACAUGCUGUUUAAUAUCCAUCACAUUCAUCUGAAAAGCAGGAACCUUCACCUGGCGUACAAAUGCACAUACAGUGCUGCCUGCUGAUUUCGAUUAAAGAAGUUAUGUAGGUAAAACCGUGGAACAGCUGCUUGAUCUUCCUAUGGAGAGAGUUAAGAUUCUGUAAUUAAAUAACUGAACUAAGUCAAAAGGGAUUUCUGUAUCGGCUGUCCGUUCACACUGCUGUGUAUAUAAAACUUCUUUUUUUUGUCAUCUGUGUUCUUAAAUUUCCUGUAACAGAGUGCGAUUACUAUAGAAUGCUGAGUUACUCUCUACAUUUCUGUGUAAAUACUAAGCUGAAGGAGGGUUUUUGUGAAACAUGACAGUGAUCUAGGCCUAAUCCUGCAUCAGGGGUAAUGUAGGCUAAUGGUGACAAACUGGCAAGCAGAAAUAGAUGGGCUGGACGUUGAAACAAGCUUAAGAUUAAUCUCACUUUGACAAUGAUUGACAGUAACUAGACUGUGCAAAGUAGCAUCUGAACUUCCCUGUUAGGACACUGAUGCAGUAAUAACAAAUGUUAGAGUCACCAAUCAGAACACACACGUCCUCUGAACAUAUGAAGUCUAUGUAAAAGGGAGUGAUGGUGAGAGCUUCCAUGUAUUUCUCUGCAUUUCCCUCUGGAUCUCCAGAGUGUUUUCUGCCAGGAACUAUCUGAAUUCCCCACAUGAAGUUCCAGAGAAAGCAAGCCUUAGCCAAUAAACAUGAGGUAACUAAUCAAAAGCAGGUGUAACAUUUUGUUCUUUGGAAAAAGAAAUUGUCUUGUUAAAGUGGGAAUAGAUACGAUCUUUUAUUUUAACUUUCGUUUUUGCUGAUGUGUAUAUGUCUGAAUAUGCUGUGGACAUGAAUGUAAUGUGGGGCACUAGAUCUCAAGGGGCUUGGGCUGAGGCUUGCGGAUGUGGCGCAUGUUGGUUCCAGGCUCGCUCGGUUUGAAAGGUGCCAGGGCUCCAUAGGGUUUGGGCAGAGGUAGUGAACCUUCAGCUGGGAUGUAGGAAUUGGGCCGCAAGUCUGCCGUGGUGUGGACUCCGUUUGGAAGCUGACUCCAUUCUUCCUCCUCAGUCAUCUAAUAUUGAAAAACACACAAACACACACACAUGUUUGGGAAUGCACAGCUGAUAGCAAUGUUCCCCUGCUUAGUACUCAGGGCCCCAAUAUGGUCCACAUUUUUGCAAUGUCUCCUUAAUUUUGUCACAUGCCAAUUCCCGCCCACCAGCCAGCUUUCCCCUGUCAUACAAUAGCUAUUCCUUUCUUGUUUUCUCCAAGUAAUAAUAAGCUAGGCACCACAUGUUUUUGACUUGCUGCUCAUGCUACUUCUGCAUACAUGAGCUCGCAGACAGCCGCAACUGGCUAGUGUCGCUGUGAUUGUCAGGGGAGAGAAAGUAUGUAUGCGUCUCUCACCUACAGAGCACAGCCAAUUUUGCUCUAUUUUUUGCAUUUUUCUAGCUUGAGUAACUAGUAGUUGUGUCAUGAACCGCAUAAUUAAUGUAUACGAUUAAUACUUAAAAAUCAGCUGACACUUUUUUCCUCACUAAAUGGUCCCAUCAUGCACCACAGAACAGAGGAGGCAACAUGGUUUUACAAGUGACUGUAGCGUAUAGGUUUUUUGCUGUGAUGCUUUUGUCUCUGUCUCAAAGCUGUCUUUCUUAAUAAACUGGACAUUAAAAUGGAAACAUUGGGCCUCAUUUAUCAAUUUUGUAGUAAAUUUGUGUACAAAAAAUACCCAGAGUUACAAAAGUUUCUCUAAAGUUGGUUUCCUUCGUACUCACGCGCGUUGAUAUUGAUAAAUGACAAUCACAUGUAAAGUACGAAGUGCAUGCACACGACUGCUCAUUUGUGUUUAUUGACGCUGAAAAACUCUGUAAAAAUUAAAGCUCACAGAAAGCUGAAAGCAUAAAAUGAGGACAAAACUGUGAAAAGCAAUUUCUCAGAGGCAGAAGUGGAAGUUAUUUUGACUCACAUCUAUGGCCAUAAAAAUAUUUUUUAGCACGACACCAGCACCUGAAAAUAAAAUCUGGAGACAAAUUGCAGAAAUGUGAAUUACACUUCACUCAGGGAAACUUCUUUGUUUAAUUGUUUCAAGCGUCUCUGCAACCGUCAGCCAGAACACACUGACAUGCUUUUUGGCCUCUCGUGCACCAAUGCAUCCUCCCUGAUGCCGUGUUGGAAAAGCAGGAGGUAAAGUGUCGUAAGGAAACAUGAUGUAUUCUGGAAGAAGCUUGAUGAUGGCACGCAGCACACUAGGGAGAAUUCGGCACAUUGUAGUAGCUGAUCAGUCACUUAUCUCUCUUUGACGGAACAUACCGUUAACGGAACAUUAACGGAACAUAACGUGGCAAACAGAACCGACUUGUAAUUCAGCUUUAGUCUUUAAAAAUAAGAAUCAUACCGGUCUCUAAAUAUCUGUUCACGGCGUGUCCCUAUUCUUUCAGAAGCCUAAUGCCAGCUGAGCCGUUGCAAAGACCAGCCUGUCCUCCUUUUAUGUGCAUUUAUUUUGUCUUAAUUGAAUGACUAGUCGUUUGGUUUAAAUUUAUGGAUUUGUGUUGGCUUGCUUUUUUAAUUAUUUUAUUUUUUUCAUAUUUAAUAUUUAUUGAAUGUAUUAAAAUAUUUCUUGCAUUUAAUUUUGUUAUUAUUAAAUGACUGGGUUACACAAAAUGAUUAUAAAAUCCAUGUAUGCCCUUAAAUAAAUUAUUUAAACUUG